AUGUUGACUACUAAGUUGGUCUCUCUUCUGAAUGUCAAUGGCACCCUUGUUAGGACAUCAUCAAGUAGUCAUGGCGUCUAUCGAUCAUUAUGUGCUAUCAAGCUACAACAUAUCAACAACAACAGAUCAUUCACGUCAACAACACAACAACAACACAGCAGUCAACAAUCACUGUUCAAUGCCAUGAUGCCAAACUCAUCUGCACCGAAUCUCUGGUUCAAAUCACCUCUGCACAAUAGAUUAGACAAGACAGAGUAUGAUGUGGUUGUGAUUGGUGGCGGACACGCUGGAACAGAGGCCUCGGCCGCCGCUGCCAGAGUGGGCGCUUCAACAUUGCUCGUCACUCAAUCAAUCAACACAAUUGGUGUUAUGUCUUGCAAUCCAUCGAUUGGUGGCAUUGGCAAGGGUAACCUGGUGCGCGAGAUCGAUGCCUUGGGUGGUGUCAUGGGUGUUGCUGCUGAUGAGGCUGGCUGUCAAUUCAAGGUUCUAAAUCAAUCAAAGGGCGCAGCGGUACAUGGUCCACGAGCACAGAUUGAUCGCGACCUCUAUCAAGAGUCAAUACACAAUCUGCUUUCCAACAUGCAGAACCUUUCAAUGCGCGAAGCAAUGGUCGAAGAUCUACAGUUGGACGACAACAACAAGGUGUGCGGUGUUGUGCUACAUGAUGGCACCAUAAUCAAGACAAGCAAAGUAGUUAUUACCACUGGCACAUUCUUGGGCGGUGUCAUUCACGUCGGCGCAAAAACAGCCCUGGCUGGACGUGUUGGCGACAAGGCUGCCACUCAACUCUCAAAGACACUUGGACGAUUUGGAUUCGCACUGGGUCGUCUAAAGACUGGCACACCACCACGACUAGAUGGCAAGACAAUCAACUACAAUGGCAUGGAGAUACAGAAUGGUGACGCAUUCCCAACGCCAUUCUCUUUCAUGAAUGACACUGUCAAACAUGCCAACAAACAACUGCAAUGCUUCAUGACAAGGACAUCGGAACAAUCACACAAGAUCAUCAUUGAGAAUCUCGAGUCACGUCCCUCCCUCGACAGUGGCGGGGGCAAGGGUCUCGGUCCACGAUACUGCCCCUCAAUAGAGACAAAGAUCGAGCGAUUCGAGGGCAGAACACAUCAAGUCUGGCUGGAACCAGAGGGCUACAACACAGACGUUAUAUACCCCAAUGGAAUCAGUGUGUCUCUGCCAGAGGAUGUUCAGAUCAGGUUCCUGCGAUCAAUACCAGGAUUGGGGAAUGUCACAAUGUUGCGACCAGGCUACGCCGUUGAAUACGACUAUGUGGAUCCUCGCGAACUACGUCCAUCACUCGAGACCAAGAAGGUGGGCGGUCUCUACUUUGCAGGACAGAUCAAUGGCACCACUGGAUACGAAGAGGCUGGAGCACAGGGCAUAGUGGCAGGAAUCAAUGCAGCACUGGCAUGCGAUAGUUCAAGAAGUCCAAUGAUCAUCGAUAGAUCAGAGGGCUAUAUUGGAGUACUAAUUGAUGAUCUAGUGACACUUGGAGUGACUGAACCAUAUCGAAUGUUCACGUCCAGAUCAGAGUAUCGACUGUCACUGCGGGCACACAACUCUGACAUACGAUUGACACGCAAGGGAUACCAACACUCUAGUGUUACACAAGCAAGAAUGGAUAGAUUGAUUGAGAAAGAGAGGAUUAUCACAGACACAACCAACUACCUAAAGGAUACUAAAUAUAGCGCUGAUGAAUAUAUGCAAGCAUGUGGAGUGGAGAACAUUGGUACAAGCAAGAGGUCAUUGUACGAGAUAUUGAAGAGACCUCAUACGAAUAUAGAGAUGUUGAAGCCAUUGAUCAAAUCAGAGGUACAUGAUGCUAUUCCUCCACUGAUAAUACCAAUUAUAGAGGCAGAGUGUAACUACUCUGACUAUUUAGUUAGACAACAAGCAGAGAUUGAGAAGUUCCAAAAGGAGGAAUCAAGGACCAUUCCAGAGGGCAUCGACUAUUGGGACAUUGGUCAGCUGUCGACUGAGAUAAAACAGAAGCUGACAGAGGCACGACCAGCCACAUUAGGUUCAGCCAGUCGUGUUCCAGGUGUAACACCAACUGGAAUAAUAGCUAUUCUUGGUUAUAUCAAGAAGAACUAUCGCGAGCUAACUAAAUAA